AUGGAUAAGACACACCGGGUGGCGCUGUUUGGCAGGGCAGCGAUCAUCGUGCUCCUCAUGUGGGAACCUCUGAAGGUUGCAUCAGAUUCAGAAGAAGAGGUUGUGUCGGAGUGGAUGCUCUGGAAAAAACACAACGAAGUGUCAUACGAUGAAAAAAAUGAUGAUGUUCAGAGAAGAGGCAUCUGGGAGACAAACAUGAGAACGAUUGAGAAAAACAAUGAAGAUUUUCACUUUGGACAGUCGUUGUUUAGCAUGGCGAUGAACAAAUAUGGGGACCUUACCCAGAUGGAGUAUAAAAGUUUACUGGGUGCCCCUAUAAAUGGGCCUGUGAACAGGAAAGGAAAGGUUGCAUCUGCUCAGACGCUCCGUUCCAAUGCCAGUAGACUGCGAUCGACCAAUGUUGACUACAGAGCGCUGGGAUACGUAACAGAAGUUAAAGAUCAGGGAUACUGUGGGUCAUGCUGGGCCUUCAGCACUACGGGUGCCAUCGAAGCACAAAUGUUCAAGAGAACGGGUCAGUUAGUGUCUCUGAGCGAACAGGAUCUACUGGAUUGUUCCAAAUCUUACGGCACAUAUGGCUGCAACGGAGCCUGGAUGGCAAACGCGUACGAUUAUGUGGUUCAAAGAGGGUUGCAGAGUACGGACACUUACCCCUACACAUCAGUGGACACCCAGCCCUGCUUCUAUGACAGCAGUUUGGUUGUCGCCAAAAUUAGUGACUACAGGUUUGUCCCAACUGGAGACGAGCAGGCGCUGGCUGACGCCGUGGCAACAGUUGGACCAAUCACUGUUGCCAUAGAUGCUGACCACACAAGCUUCCUAUUCUACAGCUCAGGGAUUUACAAGGAGAGCAGCUGUAACCCUAACAACCUCAAUCAUGCCGUUCUUCUGGUUGGUUAUGGUUCAGAUGGGGGUAAAGAUUACUGGAUAAUCAAAAACAGCUGGGGAACAGGAUGGGGAGAAGGCGGAUAUAUGCGCAUGCUCAGGGAUGGCAAAAACAUCUGUGGCAUUGCUAACUAUGCUCUCUAUCCUAUUGUUUGAGAUGAAAUUCAAUAAACGCUAAUGAAAUAUUA